AUGGAAAAACCUCCAUUUUCGUAUAUUGCACUUAUUGCCUUGGCGAUCUCGAGUUCGCCGAAUCAACGAUUGACACUUAGUGGAAUUUAUCAGUUCAUUAUGGACAACUUUCCGUAUUACCGUGACAACAAACAAGGAUGGCAAAACAGUAUUCGACACAAUUUGAGUUUGAAUGAUUGUUUUAUCAAAGUGCCGCGUGAAAAGCACUCCUCAGAUGAAAAUGAAACGGGACCCGGAAAGGGGAGUUAUUGGAUGCUCGAUAUUUCUGCAGUGGAUAUGUUUGAAAGUGGAAAUUAUCGGAGGAGACGAACACGCAGGCAGCGACAAGCGAAGAUGUUGUUGACGAAUUCGGGAUUUCCGAACUCACCUUACUUUUCGUAUUUGAAUCCCGCCACAGCUGCUCUUCCUCCCAUGGACAGUAGGGCAGAUCCAGAAAAACUCCAUCAACUCCAACAAAUUUUCCCAUCAAGUCACUUGCUGAAUUAUUCCAUGCAUUUGGGCAACUUUUUAUCCUUCAAUACACUCGACUUGAUAUCGUUAGAUGCAAUUCUUAGAGCACAACUCACAGAAACAAACGUCGAACGAGAGGAAAAUUCAUCAAAAGAAUGCACGAGCUCAAAUUCAAACAAAUUUAGCAUCGAAAAUCUGAUUAAAAAGGAUUAA